UUGCACUAUCUGAUAGGAUGCAGGAAAGAUAGCAAAGACAGAUCAAUAUAAUUUGACGAGACUCAGUCACCAUUAGUAUAUCUAUCACCAUGAAACGAUCAAGCACCAUCACACGUUGCAAAUAAUCAAGCUUUCCAACGGUGAUUUCAAUGCUUGCACUUGUUGGAGCAAGGGAACCGCUUGUUCAACCACAGACGUGCCAGCGUGGUACAGUGCCGCUCAAGUCUCUGGCCAGGCCAAGGCUUUCUUCAGUUACCAUGACCGAAAAAGAAACCAAUACACACGACGGUCUAAUUCCCGGUUUGCCGGAAGACAUGGCGAAGAUAUGCCUCGCUCUCGUCCCUCGGAGACAUUUCCCCUCCAUGGGUGCAGUGUCCAGGAGGUGGAUGUCAUUCAUCGACAGCAGAGAGUUCAGUGCUGUGAGGAAGGAGGUUGGGAAGAUUGAAGGGUUGGUCUAUGUCCUUGCUGCUGAAGCUGGAGAAAAGGGGUGUCGCUGGGAGGUCUUGGGGGAGCGCAAAAACAGUGCAAUUCCUCCUAUGCCUGGGCUGACCAAAGCUGGGUUCGGUGUGGUGGUUCUCUAUGGGAAGUUGUAUGUCAUUGCUGGCUAUGCUGCUGUCCAUGGGAAGGACUCUGUUUCCGACGAGGUUUACCAGUAUGAUGCUCGGCUCAACAGGUGGGGUGCACUCGCCAAGAUGAAUGUUGCACGUCGCGACUUCGCCUGCGCCGAGGUCGACGGCACGAUAUACGCUGCCGGUGGAUUCGGCUCCAGCGGCAACAGUCUGUCCAGCGUGGAAGCAUACGAUCCCCAGCAAAACAGAUGGACGCUGAUCGACGGCCUUCGCAGGCCAAGAUGGGGCUGCUUCGCCAGCGGGCUAAACAGCAAGCUGUACAUAAUGGGCGGCCGCUCGAGCUUCACGAUCGGCAACUCCCGCUUCGUCGACGUCUACGAUCCCGGCCGCAGCCGCUGGGAGGAGAUCAAGAGAGGCUGCGUCAUGGUCACCUCGCACGCGGUUGUGGGCGAGAGCUUGUUCUGCGUCGAGUGGAAGAACCAGCGCUGCCUCUCGGCGUUCGACCCUUCGGACAGUUCUUGGAAGAAGAUCCCGGUGCCGCUCACCGGCAGUUCAAGCACCAGGUUCUGCCUUGGGGCGCGUGGCGGGAAGCUGCUGCUGCUGUCGCAGGAGGAAGAGGGUGGGUACUGGACGAUGACGUACGAUCCGGCUGCGGCGCCGGGUUCGGAGUGGGGGACGUCGGAGCUGAAGCCGUCGGGGUUGUGCCUCUGCAGUGUGACCAUUCAGGUUUGAUGGUUCGGCGAGGCCUAUAGUUUUUUUUUUUUCGUUUCGAUUAGCGGCCUAUAGCUUCUUUGGCCUAGAGAUGCCUGCCAAUCUGUUCAUCUGGUCCAUUUAGUUAAAACUGGUGUGCAUAUGGAAGUGCCGGAUACAUGCUU